CGAAAUCAUGUGAUUGGUUUAAUAAAAUAGUUUGUUAUUAUUUUUUUCAAUUACAAUGGUAUAUUAUCCUACAUUUGUAUAUUAUUAAGGCGUUAAAAACGUUGAAAAUGAAUUCUUAUUCUGGUUCUAAGGUAAGUAGUAAGGAAUUUAAACCGUUACUGCGGUCAGGUUUCAGUGACAGUGCACUUUACAAACACGACAUAAUAAAUAGAUCUCCCCCAAAUCGUCCGAAAAAAGUUCAGCACAGACGUUAUCAGAGAAAAUCCGCUGGAACAAAAUCUUAUAAGUCUUCCAAAAAUGAUCUGAGUAGUAGUGACUCCGAAGACGAAUCCGAAGACGACGACAAUGAUGCUUAUGACUAUGUUAGUAUAUUCCAAAUUUGGAUGAACUAUCUGUUUCCCAGAGCGUUUCCCAUACAGCCCGUUCAUAGGUGGAUCAAGUCCGCACAGUCGGUGUCAGACUUGAGAGAAAAAAGUACUGGGAAAAUAUUGUCGCCAGUGGGCCCGUGCUCGAUAUUUCCGCAAGGAGUGUUCAUUUCGGAGAAAGACGUAACGAAAAUAUAUUUUCCCAGGGUCAAAGAAAUGUUCAAGGCUUCAAACCGUUCAACUCGAAAUAAUAAAUAAAUAACAAAUAGUAUAGUGUAAUAUAAUAUAGAAACGCUCUUUACUGUACUAACGAAUUUAAAUAGUUAACUUUAUUCACUAUAAAUAAAUUGUACAUUAAUAA